AUGGUUGUGGUUGGGGUCGCGGUGGUUCUGAUGGUGCCUCCCCUGGUCUCGGCGGCUCAUCGGGCUGGUGCUCAUUCUGUGAAUGCACCGCCUGCGCCUCCGCAGCUCAACACUACGUCGUUUGCGCGAUGCUUGGUGGGGAGCCAGGCCAAGUUUGAUCUUGCGGCAGAGGUCAAGGACCACGAUCUCGAGGCCUGGGAUCUGCUGCUGGUGUGGCUCUCGGUCUAUGCUGGCGAGCGGUUCCCGGGCGUCAAUGCCACCUUUCAGCAGCCGGCGUACGAGCGAUGGAGCGUUCCGUUUUGGGCCGAGGAGAAGGCGUUUGCCAUGGCGAUGGUGGCGGCUGCCAACAAGGCCGCCAGUCAGACCAUGACACCGGGCGAGACGUAUGCGAUGGCGCUUGAGGCGUGCUCGCCGGGCACUACCUCGCCAAAGGAUGCCUUUUGCGCUGCCCUCAUCUCGCACAACGUGUUCCGGCUGCUCGGCCGGUACAUGAAGAACGUCGACAAGGACGGCGUUGACUUUUCGCCCGACUGGUUUGUGGCCAACAAGACCGUGUGGAUCUCGACCUACAUUCCGGCCAUCCACGAUGCGCUCAUUGUACUGCGGCGUGACAAGGUGACCGAGAAGUGGGGAACCUGGUACCAUCUGCACGGACUGGUUGCGUAUGGCCUGCAGGAGAUGGCUGUUCUUGGCGUCGAGGCUGGAACCAAGUGGGAGGACAUUGUCGUGGCUCUCGACACGCUGCUCAACCCGAUCCUGGCCGGCGGACCGGAGGACCCGGUCAAGGCGCGCGAGGACCGCGAGUCGGUGGAGAUCGCCGCCCAGCUUGUCGCGCUCGUCUCAGACCCUACACCGCUCCCUCCGUACUCUCCGGCGGCUUGCGCUAGUAAGAUCGGCUAUGUUCUUGCGCCGUGGGAUCCGACCAUGUAA